GCAAAAAUGUUUCCUGUGAUCACCAUCGCCGUUCCCCGAUAUUAAUGAAAACGUUCUACGUUUUACCCGAACAUAAAUAACAAGACCCAAUACAACAUUCCUACGCGUCGCGCAAUUGACGUCAUCCUUAGCGCCUUCUCCGAGCGGCAUCCCGUUGCCUGGGCAACGCAGGCCUGGAGUGACAGGGCCGCAGCCGGGGUUGUGUUGCCGUGUUGCAGGAUGCAGUUUUCGGAUGAAGUGCUGGAUGGGGCGGCUGUGGAGUCCGUGUGGAGGAAGUCGCAGGAGUCUCGGUGUGAUUCGAGAAGCUGUCAGACGAUCCCCAUCGCCACAAAGGAGGCCGCUUCGCAAGUGUCCAGCGUCAGCGAGGCCUCUACUCAAACUGAGCGGAGACGAGACCCCGGUGUCUUGGAUGUUGAUCUCGGACCCCUCUUGGAUUAUCCGAACCUGGCAGAAUUUUUGGGACGCGUGGAAGGUGCGAUGAUAAGGGAACUGAAGAAGAACCGGAGAAGUCACGCCUUCGAUGGCUUCGUGGUGAACUGGGAAGAGCAGAACGAGCUGGUUUCCUGCUUGUACAGUCUGCGGUAUCCAGACGCUUCGGAGCGGCAGCUUGAAGUCACCUCGGUCACGUGGAACUGCACCGGCUCGGUUGUUGCCUGUUCAUAUGGCAGGUUAGGUGAUGGGGACUGGAGCACGGAGAAGUCUUACGUCUGCACGUGGAAUCUGGACCGCAGGGGUUUAAACCCAAAUCAACCGGAUGUCACGAUAGAAGCGACCAGCUCUGUUAUGUGCUUGGCCUUUCACCCAUCCAAACCAUCUCUGAUAGCUGGUGGACUUUUUACCGGGGAAGUUUUGGUGUGGGAUACAAGCCGGACAGAUGACCCAUUAGUUGGAAGGACAGGGCUUACACAAGAUACUCAUACAGAUGCAGUUUAUCAGGUCUGCUGGAUGCCGGAUAAGCCUCAGAGUCACAAGCCCCAGGUCCUGAGCAUCUCUACAGAUGGGAAAAUCCUCACGUGGCAGAUGGAGAAGGAGGGCCAGCUUGUUUUACAAGAUGGGUACGCACUAGUGGCUCAGCAAAUACCCAGCAACACAAAGAUAAACAAGCAUGGCCGUGGCGACACAGCCGUAGGUGUGACCUGCCUCUCCUUCUCACACUUUGACCCGACGCUGUUCAUUGUUGGCGUUGAAGGUGGAUAUCUGCUGAAGUGUUUCUCUGGGGCACAGACUUCAGCUCUCACCAGCACAGCAUCCUCUGUCCCGUUAAAAGCUCCGGCGCAAUUCACCUUCUCCCCACACGGGGGACCCGUUUACUGCGUGGACUGUUCUCCUUUUCAUAGGAACCUUUUCCUGAGUGGAGGAACAGACGGAAAUGCCCACCUGUACUCAAUGCUGCAGGCUAAGCCUAUAUCGUCGUUGCAGCUAUCAGAGAAAUAUAUCUUUGGUGUCCGAUGGUCACCGGUGCGUCCCCUGGUGUUUGCUGCUGCUUCAGGCCAUGGGGAACUCCUGCUGUUUGACCUCGCAAAAAGCUCCCAGAAGCCUUCACUGUCUAUAAAGCAGACCGACGACGGGAGACCCGUUUACUGCUUGGAGUUUAAUCGCACGCAGACCCAGCUGCUGGCGUCCGGAGACGCGACCGGAGUCGUCAAGAUAUGGCAGCUGAGCUCCGACUUCACAGAACAAGGACCCCGGGAGCUUGUCUUGCUUGAUGAAGUUGCCAGCGAGGUCACCGAUCGGAGUCUAAUGUGAUGAGACAGAACCAGUGGGCAGAAGACCUCCUGCUGGCUGACCUGGAUCUGUCCCUUUCUUCAACCCAUUUUGAUUGUAGAUUUUCAGUGCCCUAAUAAUUUGUGUUUUUUCAUCUGACA